CCACGUGCGCUGCGAGCGAGCAUCAGUCCGCGCGCAACCACCACGACGACCGGUCGCUCCCGCACGCACGCCAGUGUUUACAACUGUAACUUAAGCUACACCCGCGCGAACCGUAGCCUGACAGACCGCGACAGCGGCCGCAGUGACAGUGUUAGCAGAGUGCAACGGUGGCCGGCGCGACGGAGGCUGUGCAAGGCAUGUUGAUGGCGGGCGCUCUGCCGGCCGAGCCCGAGGGGCUGCUGGCACUGGGCGCGCUGCCAGGCCAGAAAGACACCACCUGGACCAAGCUGUUCGUCGGCGGACUUCCGUACCACACGACUGACAAGAGUCUCAGGGAACACUUCGCAGUCUACGGCGACAUCGAGGAAGCAGUGGUCAUCACAGACAGACAGACCAGCAAAAGCAGAGGAUAUGGCUUCGUGAUAAUGGGAGACCGAGCGGCGGCCGAGAGGGCGUGCAAGGAUCCUAACCCUAUCAUCGAUGGGAGGAAAGCAAACGUGAACCUCGCCAUUCUAGGAGCCAAACCCAGAGGGAACCUGGCGCCAGGUUUCGGCUUGGCUGCUGCAGCUGCAGCGGGAGUCCGCGCCGGGUACCAAACAGUGCUGCCUUCGCCAUAUGGGUUGUCGCCGGGGUACAUGUACAGCACGCCGCAGUACAUGAAUGCGAUGAGCGGGGUGGGAGCUAGCGUGGGCACGGGCGCGGGCGGGCUGGUGCAGCUGCCGCAGCUGCAGCACGCGGCUGCAGUGGCUGCCGCCAACCACCUGUACGAGUACCAGGCUGCCGCGGCGCAGGGCGCGGCCGCGUACCAGCAACAGUACGCUGCGGCCGGAUUCGACCCCUACGCUACAGCCGCUGCAGCAGCAGCGGCAGCGGCUAGCGGCGCUGGCUACGUGUCCCCCUACUACACGCUGCCAGGAGGAGGCAUGCAGGCCCCCCUCCUGCCGCCACUGCCCUACCCCCCGCAGCUGCAAGAAGCCAGGAUGCAGUAGGAGCGCUCAUACAGCUCGGGUACAUUACUGAUGACACGCCAAAUGUUAGUAUACAGAUCUGAGUUUUAAAGAAACAAUGUCUACGAGUAUCACCAGUAAUGCAUUCGAGGUACUCUAGGUCUGAAUGUGGAAUGGAAGGACGUAAGACAGCUGAUAGCCAUCGGCGUCCCAACAGACGGUAGCUAAGGACGACAGCAAACCAUGUCAUUAGACAAUUGUAUUACACUUUGAUGGAAGAAAGGCCAAAUAUAGAUAGACUAUACGUCUAGAAUCUAGUUGAAUCCAUAAACCAAAAAAUGUUAAAGAAUGACCAAAGGCUAAGAGCUUUUUAUUUAGAAUUAAGACCUCGGUACUUACUUACUUACCAGUCGGUGGUGAAACUAUGUAGCGAUACAUAUGUACUUAAAUAGUAUGUAGAAUAUAACACACCAAUACAAUUAUACCUAAGAUACAAACAUAUACAAAGCUAUGUUGAAAUAUUCUUGCCUCAUUCAUACAACUUCCUAACAUCACAUAUUUUUAUACGUACCUACAUAUAGACGAUAGAUAUAUUUUCAUAGUAGACCCUUCUUAUUCAAAUGAUCUAUUUAAUUAAUUUAUAGAUGAAAAUAACAUUUAAAAGCGCAUAGCUGUUAAAUGACAAUAAAUAGAUAGAGUUAAACAAAGAUUUAUCUUCAUUAUUUAAAAGAAAAUAUUCAUUACCUUCGGUUGAAUAAAGUCUCAAGUCUAAUUCGCUUGUCGCUCGCGCAGCAGUUAUUUAUGGAAACUGAAGAUGCUGCGCAUGAGUGGAUCUAUAAGUUGGUACAAAAUAUUAAUCAUCGAUUCGUUAUAACCUCAUAUAUUUGGCAUCUAUUUUAUCGAUAAACAUUUGUGCAAACACAUUAACUGUCUGACAGUCUGCUUAUAAACGAGUACCAUUUAAAAUUCUUCUAAUUUUAUCCUCACACAUACUUUGUGUAUUUCCUGUCCAUUAUUUCCACUAUACUUAGCUAUUUACUUAAAUAAGACGUUAUAAAUAUAUAAAUUAAUCAAGCUAUCAAUCUAUUGGACGACUAAGAACGAAACCAUUUUUUGAACGGAUUACCAUCUACCUUGGCCUAAAGCUUACCUGUAAAAUUGUAGGCAUUAAAAUAAGGACGGGAAAAGAGAAUUCAGCUUUUACAAAACACUAACGACCGAAUACUGAAACACUAUCUCUGUCAAUUUUAUACGCAGAUAGAAAUAUUUUCGAGAGCGUCUUCAAAUUGAGUGGCGUUUGAGUAUUCGAACAUAAGACAUGGAGACUCUCACGGUCCGCUUCAUUCAAAAUGAAGCUAUUAUUAGUCGAUGUGUUGGUUAUAAGACGCCAUAGAUAAUUACUUAGGUUUCCUAGUUCUGUAUUAACGUGUCCAUGUUGCUCAAUAGUCCUAAAAUGGACUUGAAUUAGCUUAAGAGUGAGGGAGAGCAAUAAAGGGUUAAGUAAUUAGUAUAAUUUUAAGUAAUCUACUUAUUAUUGUCUCAGUGAAGAAACGUCAAUAUAUUUUGUACACGAUCUAUGCGCCCUUGUAAUAUUAAACUAUUAAUUACUUUUAGUUUUGUUCUCCAAAGCGGUUUAGGGUACUUACAUCUUAGUACUUCGUAAGGACUAUAAGUGUAGGCAUAUAAUAUAAUUAUUUUUAGGGAUAGUUAGACUAAUUCAAUUACUAGUCCAUGUAUUUUUAAUGUAUUGAAUUAUAGGCAGUCGCCGGCCGCCCUAUCUAAGCACCUUUUACGUGAAUCUGAUUAACAACCUUGUUCAAUGCAUACAAUACCAGAACAUGACUAUCUUUGGUUGUUUUCGUUAAAAAGGUGAGACAAUACAUGCAACUAACUGUUUAUUUCGUUUGGCAGCAAUAAAAGUAUGUGGAAGGGAAUGAAAUUGAAGUAAAGUGAAGGCGAGGACAUGGACGGCGACAUAGUACAAGUUAGGGGCGAUAGCUCGUGUAGGUAGGUAUCAAGUAUCGUUGAUACGUAGCGUGUAAGCUUAAUGGUAAUUGUAAUAUUCUGUUAUUCGUAAUUUAUUUUGUUGAUAUUUGUAAAUCUACAUGUUGAUAACUAUUUAUUAUGUGGAAGAUUAAUAAAAAUUGUUGAAUAUUUAACGACCGAAUCGAAUCUCUUACCUCCCGGAGCUUUCACAGUUGAAAACACAAGAUUCGGUCCAAUAUAUAGAAUUAUAUACAUUCAUUAUACUUUUAAAUGUAAGUAGAAUAAUAUUUUAAGUAGAUGCGUACUAAAGGAACAGUUAGCCAUAGACGUGGCCAUCUUGCCUUAUAUAGAUGAAAUAUUGUACUUAGUUAUAUAUUACACUAAAUAUAUACACAUAUCAUCAAAUGUAUAAAUUAAAUAUCAGAGCGGCAUCUCGCACUGAAUUGUCCAUAAUAGUGCAUUUCAUUCACAGUAAUUUUAAGCACAAUAACUAUUAUAUUUUAUGUAUUGCAUAACUAUAAAAUGAACGUGAAUUCAUAAUAAAUACUUAAUAACUGUUAUAAUUACUUUAAAUUAUAAUAUCGUACUUAAUUUAGGUUAAUAUAAAUAAAAUGGAAAAUAAAUUUUUAAGGUACAUUAAA